CUGCGUUGUUUGCAGAUGUUCAUUAGCAUUUGGCUGUGCCCCCUCCAGGCUGGCCGCCCCGCCUUGCUGCGCUCUGAUUGGGCGCACUGUUACCGGAGCUGUCAGCUCUGCCCUGGGAAGCUUUGCGCUGAACCCUCAGUCCAGGCUGCGGCUCCAGAAAGGCGCACCGGGGGCCAGCGGCACAGGCGCAGCGCGGAGAGCAGCAGCAGCAGCAGCAGCAGCAGGAGGAGAGAGUCCGGCCGGAUCCAUGCAGGACAACCCCGCUUUUGGAAAAUGAUCAUCUGUACGAGUAAAAUGGAGUACCCCAUCAGAUCGCAGUGCAAGCGGGUCCAGAAGCAGGUGAUGGUGAACGGCGAGAAGGAGCGCGUGUCCUUGCUGUUCAUGAAGGCUCUGGUCAGCAGGGGGAGCGUGGACGCCGUGUCGCAGCAGAUGGCGUCUCACCCCCAGUAUCUGGAGAGCUUCCUGCGCACGCAGCACUACAUCCUGCACAUGGACGGCCCCCUGCCGCUGCCGUACCGCCAUUACAUCGCCAUCAUGGCGGCGGCGCGAUAUCACUGCAGCUACCUGGUGUGCCUGCACUCGGCCCACUUCCUGAGGGUGGGCGGGGACCCGCUGUGGCUGCAGGGUUUGGAAGCGGCGCCCCCUCGCCUUCGCCUCCUCGACCACAUAAACAAGGUUCUGGCCCACCAGCCGUGGCUCGCCACCUGCUCUCAUAUCCAGACGCUGCUGAAGGCAGGCGAGCCGUGCUGGUCGCUGGCGGAGCUGGUGCAGGCCGUGGUGAUCCUGGCCCACUGCCACUCGCUCUGCAGCUUCGUCUUCGGCUGCGACAACGACUCGGACCUCGCCCACCUCGCCAAGUCUCCAAACGGCACCCCGCCGACCUUCUGCCCCUUCGAUGCUGCCAACGGCAACGCCAACGUGCCUCAGUCGCUCAGGGCUCCCUCCGAGCACAUCACACGGCGACGGUCUUUGGACUCCAGCUGUGACAUGGUCUGCCUGAAGGAGCGGAUCCAGAAGUCCCAGGAGGAGCAGGAGAAGCGAGAGGAGCGUCUCCUGCAGACGCAGACCCUCCAGCAGACAGACCUGGAAGACGAGGAGGAGAUGCUGUGCCUGGCGGACCCGUCGCGAUUCGUCGCAGACCCGGACUUCUGCUAUCAGGAGUUCGCCCGGCGGGACGAGGACCACCUGCAGGUGCUCAGAGUUCAGGACUACUCGUGGGAAGUCCACGGCUUCUCCCUGAUCAACAGAUUGUACUCGGACAUCGGGCACCUCCUGGACGACCGGUUCAGGAGCGUCGCCUCCCUGCCGUCGCUGCACAGCUCCGACCUGAAGAGGGCCAUCUGGAAUUACAUCCAUUAUGUGUUGGGAAUACGUUGCGACGAUUACGACUACGGGGAGGUGAACCAGCUGCUGGAGCGCGAUCUGAAGCUGUACAUCAAGGCUGUGGCUUGUUUCCCGGACGUCACCAAAACGCCGGUGUGUCCGCUAAGCUGGACGCUGCUGAAAGCUUCAGAAAGGAUCCACGUGAACCUGCUGAUCAUGGAGGCCCGGCUGCAGGCGGAGCUGCUGUACGCGCUGAGAGCCAUCACCCGGUACAUGAUCGCCUGACGCGCCCGCGCCGUUCAGACCGUCUGCCGGUACGGAGAGACCCGGAGGGGGCGAGGAACGAUGAACUGCAGGCGGGCGACCUGGGUGGGGGGGGGCAGGAAGCGGCACAUCCGAGGACGCGGCUCUCCUCUCAGAUUUGAUUCGCUUACUGUGCCACGCCUCCCACCACCACCACCACCACCAUCCACCAACCCUCAGCUCUUACCUUUCUGCUGUUUGUCCUCUCAGAAAAACCUCCUGCCUCCUCUUAAGGUUAUGUGCAAUUAUCAGUAGUGAUUUCAAAAAAAUGUUCCUGUCGUCUCGUGUUGCAGUCGAGUCUGUGAGAAGCUGCUGGUUUGCAGCGUUGUGUUAUCAGUGGCCCAACACUCCCUCUUUUUUUUUGUAUUAACGGCUUUCCCCAGAGAAACAAAUCCUUUUUUAUUUGUACAAGGUGAAUGAAUGUUAAUGGGGGAUCAGGGCCUUUUUUUUUUUUUUUGUUUUUUUUCUUUUUUGGACAAUCCUUGUCAGCUUUUUGAAGGACGAUUCUUGGACGGUGAAGGACGACAGGUUUUACGCUCCCUGACAUUUCGUAUUAAUGCUGGUCGAGAACAAACAGCCGUGACACUGCUGGAGGUUAUCGCAUCACUAUAGUUUCUUUUAAUAAGCACUUUUUUAAACUUUAUAUAUUUAUAAUGCAAUGUAGCUCAUAAGUAGACAUUAAGACAAAGUGUGUGGGUCCGACACCUUUUCUUCUUCUCCCGUUUAUCUGCCGCGCCGCCGGUUUCUGAGUGAAGGUACUCAAUUUAAAAUGUUUCUGCAAUUUACAGCUUUGCUUUCUUCCUGCCUAUUUUUUAUUUUAUUUUAUUUUUUUGUUAUGUGGAGACAGAAGGGUGUUUAAGAUGGUGGAUGUUUGCUAAAAUCUGAACUUGCUGCGAAGCUGAGCCACCCAGAAGGCGACUGAUAUCAAAGGUUGAAAAGCUGCGGAAGUUGUUUAAGAUGCAUGUCUAGGCCUUUUGCGUUUGUUCUUUUUUUUUUUUUUUUUUUUUUUAUUUAAUUAGGUCAAAAUUCAUUAUCAAGAUCUGGAAUGCGGAAUAGAUGCAAACUGUAUGUCUUUUUUUUUAUCAUUAUUAUUUCUUACUACAUGUUCCUGUACAUUGUGUGUUUUCUGGGUGUGACCGUAGGACCGCUCGUUGCGCUGCAGCCAGAUUAAACGUUUCGCAGACCGCCGUAGAGUUAGAUUCAGCGACUGCAGAAGAAACGAGUGCAUAUCGCCUAAAAAACAAAGAAAAAGCGCUGUUAUAACACAGGUGCCUUCAGGCGGGAGAAGCCCGAGUGGAAACGGAUAUUUUUUUUUUCUCUUUUUUCCUCGUGACUGCCGGCAAUAUUUCUGAUAAAUACUCCAGUUCCUUUCACCUUCUGCUAAGUCUCAGCAUCUCAGCAAGAGCCUUUGACACAGAUGGAUGUUUAAAGAUGUUCAGCUAUAUUUAAAAUGUAAAAAAAAAAAAAAAAA